CGUGCCUGGAGGAUGGGCCAGGCCAUCAGUCCAUAAACGCUUAACACGCAGGCCGUGCAAAAUUGUAUGCUAUGCCUUCAAAAUUUAUAGCUUAACCUAGCAUUCUAGCCUCCAUUCGGACGAUAGAAUGAAUCGCUCCUUGCAACAGCUGCUGCCGCGCGCCUUCUCGGGCGCGCUGGGCAAGACUCUUUUUGCCGCGGCUACGACACAGACUUCUCGCGGAUUUGCAACUGGCGUUCCUUUUCAAACGGAUGCGACGGGCCACAUCCUCCCUCACGGAGGAGAGCUAAAGAACCUUUUCGUGAAGGAUGCGGCGAAGCAGCAGGAGCUGAUCGCGUCUUGUAAGCACCAACAGGAGUGUAGCGACCGGAACGCCUGCGACGUCGAGCUGCUCACUGUGGGCGGGUUCUCGCCUCUGACGGGAUUCAUGAAUGUGGAUGUCUAUGACCACGUCGUAAAGAACAUGCGGUUGCCGGGAUCCGGUCUCAUAUUUGGUCUGCCGGUUGUGCUUGACACCAAUAACGAGGCGGUGAAGGAGGGCGACCGGGUGCUGCUCAAGUACAACGGCCAGGACCUGGGUGUGCUGGAGGUGGAGAGCAAGUGGGUGCCCAACAAGGCGCGCGAGGUCAAGGAGUGCUACCGCACCUCCUCCCUGGAGCACCCCGGCGUGCAGAUGGUGGCCCAGGAGCGCGGGAAGUUCUACAUCGGCGGCAAGCUCUGGGGCUUCGAGCUGCCCAAGCGCGUGUUCCCCUGCGCCACGCCCGCGGAGGUGCGCGCGCUGCUGCCCGCCAAGCAGGACGUGGUGGUGUUCCAGUGCCGCAACCCCGUGCACCGCGCCCACUACGAGCUGUUCACCCGCGCGCUGCACGCGCCCAACGUGCGCCCCGGCGCUGUGUGCCUGGUGCACCCCACCUGCGGCCCCACCCAGGACGACGACAUCCCCGGCAUCGUCCGCUACCACACCUACGAGGUGCUGAAGGCGGAGCUCAACAACCCCAACAUCAAGUGGGCCUACCUGCCCUACUCCAUGCACAUGGCCGGCCCCCGUGAGGCCAUCCAGCACAUGCUCAUCCGCAAGAACUACGGCUGCACGCACUUCAUCGUGGGCCGUGACAUGGCCGGCUCCAAGUCGUGUCUGUCGGGCGAGGACUUCUAUGGCAUCUACGACGCCCAGAACUUUGCCGCCGAGCAUGCCGCGGAGCUGGGCAUGCAGACCGUGCCCUCCGCCGAUGUCGUGUACACGGAGGAGCAGGGCUACGUGACCGCGGACGUGGCCAAGAAGGAGGGUCUGCACGUGAAGAAGCUGAGCGGCACCAAGUUCCGCCAGAUGCUGCGUGGCGGCGAUGACAUUCCCGAGUGGUUUGCCUUCAAGAGCGUCGUCAGCGUGCUGCGCGAGCACACCCAGAAGAGCAAGUAACCGGGCAAAGGCGGUGGUGUGGAUGGCGCCUGGUCCAUAGGCGGUCAUAGCCACGAUAUGGUGCACGUUACUACGGUAGUCGCUGUGGCAGUGGGUGUGUGGAAUGCGUGAUCAGGUGUACAGGUGAAUGGUUCCCGCUGCCGGGCUUCCGAAGCUUUGCAUCGAGUGUGAAUGCAUGCAAUCAAGUGUUGGUGUAAUCACCAGCCCCGUUAUCCCUCUCGCUGACUUUCGCUUAUGGGAUCGUCAUGUACGCCGGAGCUCCUCCGACAGCUAUGGCACCUGUGCUUGACCUCCGUGCAGCUUUAGGGUACCGUUAUGCUGGGUGUUCAGCGGUGGAACUCCUUGCAGUACUAGGUGGCAGGUCGGGCUUAGGUCUGCUUAGGUGCCGUAGGGUAGUCACGGCCUGAAGGCUGUGAAUGGUAGUGGCUGGGCAAUAGCUGCUGCGCAUGGAUGCCAUCGAAGUGCGGGGAAAAGGAUGGAUGCUUGGAUGGAUGUGUGGUGGGACAGGGUUCAAGGCAGGUUGGCGAGGUCCCGUAGGGUGCAGCUGAUGCCCAGACCCUUAAGCAGCAACAGGAUGCUUGGAUGGAUGAGAGGUGCAGGCAGCGCGGAGUCGGAUACUAAGAUGGAGCACGAUGCUCGAGUCAGGCCAUUUGGUGAAGGCAAACUCAUGGCUCAUUGGCCGGUUUCAGUUCCGUAUGCUCAUUCGGCUGACCCCUACACCGGGUUAGAAGGGGGCCUCAGGGCUCAGGGGGUCAGUGAUGUGGUGCAGUGCGGCAUGAUGAACGAAACCCU